AUGCGUGCGACUGCUGCAAAGGCGCUCGGGACGCUCGUUGAACGUCUCGGAGAAGCCCACUUCCCUGACGUUGUCCCUGGACUUUUGAGAACCCUCAAGACCGACACCUCUGGUGUUGAUCGACAAGUCCCCUCGGAGUACCGUCAGGGAAGGUUUCAUGUCUCUCCUCGUAUAUCUACCGGCUACCUUCAGGCGCUCGAUCCCAACCACAUUUACCGAAAAUCAUAUCCCCCAGUAUUGAGCGGACUGUCUGACAUGGAAGAGUACAUUCGGGAAGCUGCUAUGCGAGCAGGGCGGAUGAUUGUAACCUGA